AUGGACCCGUUGAUACGAGCCCGUCGUGGCACUGGGUCCAGAGAGGUGGAUGAGGCCAGUGCGGCCUACGAUGUGGAAUACCAAGCAGCCUUGAGCCAAGCGGAAGCUAGUGCAGUUUCUGGGGGCAAUGCCAGUGGGGUGUUGGCCCGUGGCUUGGUUCCUGGAGAGGCAUCUCCCGGGACCUUAGAGAUGGGGGAAGCGAGAGCGGAUAUGGGACCGCGAGCAAACCCCUUCCACAGCGAGCGAGUGAAAGCAGAAGUUGAGCUGAUGCGGCACAGGCCGACAACCCUGGAUGACGACGCUCGACGACUGCAAGGGGAGCAUGAUGAGACGGCACUGGGGGAUACUAAGCUUAACUCUCUGCAGGAGCCAGACUACGCACAGAUGAAGGGAGGUCCAGAGGCCCCUAGGGUAGCACGGGUAGAGCCUACUGAGGAGGCUACUGGUGUUGCCAUGGGGCCUGGGAGCGGUUUUGAGCGAUUCACUGCCGGUGAGCCGGCAGUACAACAACCGCUCAAGGAACAAGUUCCUGGUGCGACGUCUGGAGGCGGCGAGUUAGAUAAGCAAGUCCCGGGUGUUGAGGAGAUGGACUCUGGAGCCUAUCGUUUGGGAGAUGAUCAGCGGGAGCUUAUUCCUGACGAGGGGGAUAGAUGGGGUAGGAUGGAGGCGUUGCUGGUGCAGAUGAUGGAAGAGAAUAAAGGUCUGAAGAGAAGGCUGGAGUUGACGGAGCGCGAAAGUCGUUCGCACUCCAGCUGGCACAGUGGCCUGGCACCAGAUUUCUCUCCGGCAACUUUUGGUCAUCGUCCUGAGAUGAGUGUACAGAAGUUUGCACCUCCCGAUUUCCCGAGUCAAGAAGCUGUGAACUUUAUGGGUGCUAGAGGGGCCCCCGGAGGUGGGAGGUUUGAUGCGGAAGGGUAUCCUAUUUCUCCUGGGGGUACGGUUAUCCGACCCCCGCCCAUUCCACCGGCGGCCACGGCAGCGCCUGCGGCUGCGGCUCCUCUGAUAGGCAGGUUGGCUCUAGAUCCUUCUUCGAUAACCGCGGUUUAUGAUGUGGUUAAGUACCAGCGUGUAGAGAGCAGGGCGGUAAGCUUGCUGCUAGCGGCCCUUCCGGUGAAUGUUAAGGAAGCGUUAGUUGCGGAGGCUACGAAGCUUCUUAAAGGGGUGUCUCUGCGUGCGUUGCGGUUGGACUGUGAGGUUGACCUUACCUGGGUUAG